AUGCAGGAACUUAUCGCUGUCCGUGUCAAGGAUGGCAUCUUCGUGGGAAAUGCGGUGGCUGCACACGAUCGUGAGUUCAUUUCACUCAACAAGAUAACCCAUGUUGUUAACUGUGCCGGUGGCGAGCUCGCUGAUCUUUUCGCAGACGAUGGCGUAAAAUAUCUUACGUUUCCCUGGAAAGACCCUACUGGUUCAGUCUGCACAGCAGUAAUGUUUGAUAGUGCGGAUGAAAAUGUUAAGCGGACGGUGCGGUUCAUAGAUGAGGCACUUGAAGCUGGUGAUUGCGUGUUGGUACACAGCCAACUCGGUAUGUCACGUAGCCCAGCCUUAGUAGCGGCCUACCUGAUCGUGAAGUAUGGGUGGAAACUGGAGAGUGCCAUCUCCUUUUUGGAAAUGGCUCACAAGGACAUGUCCAUAAAACCACAUUUUCUGCGACAACUCCGAAUGUUUGCGAAGCGCAACACUAUAGAACACGAUAUUUUUGAUGUUGACGUGGACGAUUCAUCUUUUGGUUUGGACAAUGUCCAGUGGAUGCUUCGUAACACACUACUUAAUGGUCUUACCUCCGCCAGCCAGCGUCAGAACGAGCUAUACAAACUGUGCUCAAGCAAGGUAGAUGUCGGCCAACCAGUUAAAACGUCCGACGUGCGAGUUACUACAACACGCAUGAAGAAGGCUAAGCGUCUGGUGUUUGUUGACACUAAGCAAGGGUCAGAUGUUGAACCAAGGAGCGGCACGCCUGUUGUUACCGUUCAGCCACUGCGUCAAAGUGAACCGGGGAAUCACUUCCUCGGUUACCAUGGUUCCAUUGCCCUUGAGGGGCGUCGUCGUAGCAACAGUAUCAUGCGUCACAGUGUCUCUCCCUGCGGUCGUAGUGUCGAAUCCGAUCCUAGCACAAAUCCACAUGGACGGCAAGAGCUCACGCUACGUUUUGAAUCAAAGAGUGGCAGGAGUUGCUCAGCUUUUGACGGGGCCACCUCAUCGCAGGCCGCACGUACGGCUAGCGGAUAUUCCACGAUUGAUGGAGCAAGUCACGUCGGUGAAUAUCACACGCACCUGCCAUCGCCGGACACUAUUCACGCUCCAGCCCGCUCUCCGUUCGCGACACUCACGUCCGGGCACAAGUACCGUAAGGGGUCUCCUUUACCCUCUGUCGUGUACAACAGUUCGCCGAUGCGGUCUGUGCAGCGUCCCUCAUCUGCGCUUGUGUCUGAGGGAAGAGGCGCGCAGUUAAGGACCUCAUCUUACACAAGACCAACGGGGUUCUCUCGAAGUGGAGUAGCGCGGUCAGGUAGUCCAUGUUCGGUGAGUUCGCAUUCCAGUGCGUUUCUCGCGACGUCCACACGGUUGUCGUCCUACAGGAACAUUGCGCCACACCGAUCGCAACCGAGCAGUAAUGUCCAACCAGCGUGGAGCGCUGGAAAGACGGCGUUAUCUCCGUCAAGGGUUCACAGAUCUUUACUGCGAAGCAGUCCAUUAAAUAACCGUCCGGGUUCUCCAGUGGAGCGGCCUUCCUCCACUCCUCGUAGGGUAUCGUCACCCACAUCCGGUUCUGCCGAUGCUUGCAGCAGUCGUACGGUCUGUGGUACGAACAGUGGCUCCAAGGGUGGGGGAGUGGGUUUGCUGCGACGCCAGAUACCAGCGGCCAUACCAUCCAGCAGGAGUUGA